AUGUCUUUGUAACGACCAAACAGAUCGAGUGGCUGCGUCCCUUGCCCGCUCAUGCCAUCACUUUUCCAUUUGGAUUUUCAGCAUCUCUUUUCCUUCGCCGUUUUCCGUCUUCGUCGAGCUCGAAGAGAGAAAAUAUUUUUUCCAGAUUUCCCCCGUCCUCGGGAUCUGAUUUCUCGCCGAAUUCUCGUGGAAGAAUGCUACGUGGAUCCUCGUCAUUGAAGAUAAACAACGAAGAAGACUCGCAACGGAAGAAGAUCGAUCGAUGAUGUCAACAAACUCGGGUCAGCCAUUGAAGAUAUCGUUUCCCGCGUCUAUUCUCCCCCACCUCUCUCCCCCCGUUUUAUUUAUACACUUUCCCCUCCCCCUAUGUAGAAUUGAAUAAAAAACGAUUGACUCUGAUAGUCGUGACUUGUCGUUUCUUGUCGUUUUAAAUUAAUCGUUUUCACGAUAUUCUCGCUCGUUCGGUAAACCGGCCACCAUCUUGGAAGAGCAUAUAAGAUAUACAAAUACGAUGAUAACAUAACGCUUUCGCGUUGUUUAAACGCUGGACUCGACGAAAUCGAUGAAGAAAAAAAAAAAUUAUUACCAGUUUCGAUUUUGAUUUUUCUAUCUUCUCUCCUCCUCCUCCUCCUCCUCUUCUUCCUUUUCUUUCCUUUUCGAGACUGUCAAUUAAUUUCCAUUGAAUCGGUCCAUUAUUAUCGAUCAACAAUUAUAUAUUUAAUCGAAUCGAAUUGGAGACUUCUCACGAAGAAUCACAAAUCACUCGAAGAUCGACGCGUUUAAGUGUCGGAUUGAUUAGAGAGAGAGAGAGAGAGAGAGUGUGUGCGCGUAUGUGUGUGUGAGUGAGAGGGAGAAAGAGAGACGCAUCUAAAGAGAAUCGAGAAUAGCUUUAUUUUCGAUCUAUAACGAAAAUUGUACGGAUUUCCGUUCUAGUGCAACGAUAUAUUCUGACGUCAGUGUUUUUCUUUUCGUUCGACAGGUUACGUGAGCUUUCGAUUCCCCUGCCAGCAAUGCGGACGGGGAUACACGAGGCGGUGCAACUUGAGGAGGCACAUGAAAUGGGAAUGCGGAGGAAAACGCCAGUUUCCAUGUUACUACUGCAGCUACAGUUUCACUCAGAAGACGAGCCUGCACCGUCAUCUGAUCGCUAUUCAUAAGAUAGAUAUUGUCAAUGGAGUAGAGCCUAAUCUUAUGUUGUAGACGAUCUCGCGACAUUUUUUUUUCUUCUUCUCUCUCUCCACCCCUCCCUCCCCUCUCUUAUUAAUUUUCAAUCCUGAGAAUCCUGGCCCAACCAUCGUGACGAUCGAAUAGCAUCGUCGAAUUCUUCACUUAGAAAGAGAUUACAAUACUUGCCCUUCUCCGUUUUAUUUGAUGGAUAAAAGAAAGAAAGAAAGAAAGAAAGAAAGAAAGAAAAAACGAAUAAUAAUCCUGUGCCUCUCCGUGCCUCCCGUAUAAUACCUUCACGUAAAUGAGGCCUUCUAGAGAAUUCUCCACGCGCUUGCUUGCCCGCCUAUCUGCCUGCUCCCCUCCACUGUCCCAUCCAUUUCUCCCAUUCGAUGAUAUAUAUAUAUAUACAUACACGCAUAUAUACAUAUAUAUAUAUAUAUAUAUAUAUAUUUUUUUUUUUCAAUUUUUUUCAAUCUUUUCGACUCGCAAUAACUGGCGGUAAAAACGGCCGGGGGAUGAACGAUGAUUAUCUCCCGAUGAAAAAAAUUGAAUCGGAGACUUGUUCGAUUUAUUAUUAUUAAAUCGAGAGGGCCUUAAAUUGCCCCUCUCCGUUUCGGCCGUUUCGUGGUAGUUUGUUUCGUGAUUAACGCGAAUUCCAUUGUUAAUGUUCUUCUAGGUAUUUAGCGAAGAUGACCCCCGUCCUCCGACGAUUCGCGAUCGACGAAUCUCGGAGUCGCAAAGUUUCAGUUGGCGAGCGACCGUGCUGCCCUCUCUCUCUCUCUCUCUCUCUCUUCCCCUUCCACCGCCUGGCGCUGGGGAUCGUGCAGGGAGGUGAGUGAGGAAGAAUGCAAGAGAAGCAUCUCUCGUUCGUCGUCGAUCUCGAAGAAAAGAACGACCUCGGCCGUCCCCGAAGGAAGAAGAAGGGGAAGGAGAAGGAAUUGGGAGGAAUUCUGCGUCUCUCGAAGAAUCUUUCUCUGGAUCCUUCGCCGCGCCAAGAAACGACAAAUUCUUCGCUUCAAAAUUUGGGGAGGGAGAGGAGGGGGAGGGGGGGUCAUCCUCGGCUUCUUCCUUCCUUGUUGUUGGGUUCAAUCAACGGAUAUUCCAUUUCGUUCGAAGAUUGAAUGUCUCGAAGAUCGACGGCCCGAUGAUGAUCAACCACGGUCGAUGGUGGCGUCACGACGAAGAGAAAAGCGAUCCUGCUGCGUUCAUCCACGAAGAUGAUUUCCACGCCAAAGAGAUUCGCGAGAUCACGCGAGAUGAACAUUUUAGUGCACAGAUAUUUUUUUUUUUUUUAUUAACUUCAUUCCUGCGUGUUGAUUCGAUUUUUAAGCACAAAUUGUAUAUCGUAGAUUAUCGAUCGUUGAAUUUUAUCACGUUGUAAAAGAUUUUGGCUGGACACGUUUAACGUAUUCACAACAACGUUGUCGUUUCUUUUUAAAUAGUAUAUUUAUCGAAUAUUACAUUUUAAAAUCGUCUCCUAGAACCGUCGAUAGUAGAUUUGAUGUGCCAUCGAGAGUGUCUAGAAGAUAGAUAAUAAAUAAUAAUAGUAAAUAAUAAUAAUAAUAAUAAUAAAUAAUAAUAAUAAUAAAAAUUUUACCGAAACAUCUUCACCUAUUACCACAAUGGGAGCUCUUAUUCAGAAGAUCACACAUCCAAGAUAAUUUAUAUUUUUAAGUUUCCUUUCUUAAAUUUAUAGAAUAUUUUCGAGUCUGUAUUUUUUUUUUUCUUUUCUUUUUUUGUCUUUGAACGAAAUAGAAAUCUUCUUUUCUAUCAAUGAUUACAUGCGUUCUUGCUCUGAUCGACGUCGUCUAGUAUCGAAGAUAUUCGUCCUGCGUGUCAUUUCAGUGUACAAAGAGCAAAACGGAUUACCAAGUGUAUCCAAAGUGUCCGUCACCGAUCGAUCAUCUGCCGAACAACACGCCGCCCUUUAACCCGGCUAUAAAUUGCUCCAGUUACUCGAGGCUUCUGUUUCAAGAUUAUCCGGGUGGGAUGCCGGACGCGGACAGGCCUUACAGAUGUUGGAACUGUGGAAAAUUGUACACGCACAAAUCGACCUUGAAACGGCAUCGCGAAACGGUCUGCGGGGGCGGCUUGUCGGCCCAACAAUUGGACGACUCGCUGACGCCUGACCAAUCCGGGGGCAAACCCGUCUUUGUCUGUCCGAAGUGCGGCAAAGGUUACACUUGGAAGGCGAGCCUUCAACGACACUUGAGCACCGGUUGCGGAUUACCACCUAUGUUCUGCUGCAAGUUGUGCGACUACAGAACGAGCAGAAAGGAUAUACUCUUCAGGCACAUGAGACACGUGCACUCGCGGCUACCCGCUUAGCGUAUUAAUUUUCCCCGCUACGUCCAUCCUCUACGUUCACGCCGCUUCCGCACACCUCGGUUCGCAGCGAUUCCAUGCGACGACCACCAUAUUUUCCCCUUAAAUUGUUGUGUGAUCCGCGAGAACGGGCAACAAAUUGAGAAAGUCGAAAGUCGAAAGUCGAAAAGUUCGAAAAGUUCGAUCGUGAGGAUCGAUUUUAAAAGAAAAUAUGGAGUAUGGAACGUACAAGGUUAUGUUGCUGAUUACGGCUCCGUCGAUGGUCUUCAACUCCCUCCAGAAUUCGAUAAGUUUAAGGUAACCGCGGCUGCACAAUCCAUGUUGAAUUGUCACAAGCGACA